GUUUCAUCAACACCAAUCCUGCAUUGUACUCCAUAGUACUCCAUAUUCAAAAAAGCACUACACGACGAACGCGUUCCGUCUUAGAAUUCACCACUUAUUCUCCUAUCAGAACCGAACCGAAUUUAAUACAAAUACCCAACAAUAUGGCACCUGUUAAGGCGACGCGAAAGCGCAAGUCGAAUUAUUCAGUAAGCCCCAUCGGCGACAAGAUCUCUCAGAUGAAGCAUAGCCCACACCGAAGUCCUAUUAAGAGGCGAAAGUUGGGUCUCACCCUCCAGCAGAAGCAAGCUAUCAUCGAUAAUUGCCGACUUGAAGUUACUGAGCGUGCUCGACGACUAAGGGCCCAAUACAAUGUGCAGGCGCAACAAUUACGAUCACGCGUCGAGAUGCGCGUCAACCGAAUUCCGACUUCUCUACGCAAGAUGAAGAUGGGCGACCUUCUUGCAAAAUCCCUACAGCCACAACAGCCCCCUCGCCCUCCCAAGUCAACCAAGUCAACGUAUGUAGCACCGCCAGUUCCACCUAAGGACGGCAUAUUACCCCAGCCUGUUACCCGCAAGCCAGUUCCCGCACGCAAUGCAGCAGUCGGACGAAAGCGCUUGAGCACGGAGAAUUCGUCUGAUAAAGAGAACCGUAGCAAUGCUGUUGAGAAUCCCAAGAAGAGACUUCGUGGUGUUCCUAAUAAGGAAACUGCACCCAUUCAACCAGCCAAUGUCUUGUCGCCUACAUCCUCGAACACCAACACCCGGCCCAUUACCCGAGAGCGCCCUGCGUCUCCUACGAAGGCAAUGAUCAGUAGACCCGCUUCGCCUACAAAAGGUCCGCCUCCUAAGGGUCCGUCGAACAUCCUAUCGGGUAUGGCAGAUAAAGUUAGAGGAACUCGGCCCGCAACUGGCACACGCAAGGCUACCGGUACAUCUACGACAAGUUCUGGCGGCGGCCCGACUACCACGCGCACGCGACAAGCCGCUGCGGUCUCCCGCCCACCAACUGCUGCCUCUACGCGUGGACGACGCAAAGUCAGCGCUGCAAGUGAGACAAGCAAUGGAAGCUCGACGACCGUUGUUAAAAAGACAACUGCUUCAAGAGCUGCCAAGACUACUGCUCCUCCGGCCAAGCGGACGGUGAUGAGCACAAUCAAGUCGGCGACUACCAAGAAGCCUCCAGCGUCCAAGGCCACGGCUGCACCUGCAGCUACGGGGACUGGAAGAACGCUGAGAAAGAGAACAUAACUUUCUCCGAUGAUUUAAUGUGUAAUUGAGGUUUGAGGGUUGAUUUUUGUAUGGAGUUCACGGUCGGCUGGCAAAUAAGGGCCAUGGAGGGUACGGUUGAAUCGGGUCAAUCGGGUCUCAGGUCUCAGGUUACAAUGAAAAAACUUCAUGCUGU